AAAAAUUAGUUGUCUGUGGUACGAGGUAAGAGCGUUAAAUACGAAAUUAGGAAAUGGUUUAAAUUUUUAUUUAAAACUAAAAUAGCGUUUAAAUAAAAAUGGGUAUUAAAGGACUAUGGGGUGUGUUGAAUCCUUACAGUGAAAAGAAAGCGCUACAUGAGAUAAGAGGUGAAACAGUUGCUGUGGACCUUGCAGGAUGGGUGUGCGACAGUCAGAAUGUUACUGAAUACUAUAUACAGCCUAAAUUAUAUUUGAGAAACCUUUCCUUUAGAACUAUUUACCUCAUACUGGCUGAUAUAAAUCCAGUAUUUGUUCUGGAAGGAGAUGCUCCAGAACUCAAGAGGGAUGUAAUGGCUGCUCGCAAUGCUAUACAGUUCAAAGGUGCUGCUCCAAAGACAGCCUUUGCCAAAGGCAAAGUGCCUAAUGUCACUAGGAAAAGAUUUAAAGGUGUAUUAAAGGAGUGUGAGACUCUUCUUAGAAGUAUGGGAGUGAGAUGUGUGAAGGGUAGAGGAGAAGCUGAGGCCACUUGUGCAAGACUAAACGCUAAAGGUGUAGUGAAUGCAGUCGUUUCACAAGACUCUGAUUGCUUCGCGUACGGCGCUAAGCGCGUUUAUCGCAACUUCAGCGUGUCUAGCGCGGCGGGGGGCGGCGCUCUGCAGGGCUCCGUCGACUGCUAUGACGCGGACAAAAUGUACCGCAGUAAUGGUUUCGGCCGUAAGAAAAUGGUGGCGUUAGCUUUGCUGUGCGGUUGUGACUAUGGCGUCGGCGCUUGUGGCUCAUCAAUAACAACGGUGGUUUCAUUUCUGCACACCGUGCCGGAAGAGGAUGUUAUUCCCAGGUUAUUGUCUUGGGUGAGUGAUCCUGAAGAUUACGCAGAGAAAGCGCGUUGGAUGUCGGCGCCGGGCCGCUGCGACCGCUGCGGGCACGUCGGUCGCACGCACGCUAGAAACGGCUGCCCCGUGUGUGUCACUCACAAGGGAUGCACUGAUCUUGGCCACAAGUCCAAAGUAGCGGAAGUGAAACGUGAAGUAUCGCUUCGGAAUCGGGCCCUGUCGUGCGGAAUGCCGUUCCCCGAACCGAAAGUUAUGAAGGAAUUCAUGAACGCCACACCAGAAGAUAUAGAUCUCGAUAGCCUGAACAUUCCUACUCCAAGUUUAAUCCAGUUUGUGAAAAUCAUGACGUACAAACUGGACUGGUCGGAAAAAUAUUGCGUUGAAAAGUUUCUGCCAUUACUGACAAAAUGGCACUUACAAGAAAAUGUACCUAAUAGGACUCUGAAGCCUAUAGAAAUAAAGAAAAAGAGGAAUCCUAGAGGAGUUCCCAGUUUUGAAGUUUUGUGGAAAGAUAUUGAUGGACAAUAUGAAGCUCUUAUUCCCGACGAUCAGUUUGAAGAAGGUGAAGAUAUAAACGGUCCCUGGACAUCUGUGGAAAGGCAAGAUCUUAUGCGCCAAUAUUAUCCAGACUUAGUAGAAAAGUACGAAGAAUCUAUCAAGAAGCCACCGAAAGAAAAGAAAACAAAGGGACGAAAGAAAAAAGACAAUCCAGACAAACAAGAACAAACCGAUAAGCCAAAGAGAAAGUACAUUAGAAAGCCUAAACAACUGAAAGAUCUCACCCUUUCUGAACUAAACGAAUCAUUGAAAAUUCUGAAUAUAACAAAUAAAGAUUUCAAUUCAAGUUCUUGUAAAGCAAACGUCAGUGUUUCUAUCAAUAAAUUGAAAAGAAAAUUAAAAAAUCCUGCAAAGAGUAAAACAAAAAAUACAAUUGAUAAUUACCUACAACCGCGUAAAAAACGUAAAUCUUCUAAAUUAAUGCAGUCUUUAGGAGACAGUUUCAGAAAUUUGUCCCUUGUGAAUAAUGAAUCUUUAAAUCUCAAACAUUUUGAUGCUUCUAUUAAUAAAGAAAACUUAAAAGAUAAUAAGCAUUUGUUGAGUAUGUUUGAUAUGACCAAAGACGAUGUCGACGAAAAUGAUUUGUCAGCGAUAGUUGACGAUAUUAUUUCUAAAGCUACUGUCACUUCCGCUAACGUAAAUGUGAAUAAUAAAUCUUUGGACCUUAAUAAUUUUGAUGCUUCUGUUAAUAAAGAAAACUUAAAAGAUAAUAAGCAUUUGUUGAGUAUGUUUGAUAUGGCCGAAGACGAUGUUGACGAAAAUGAUUUGUCAGCGAUAGUUGACGAUAUUAUUUCUAGAGCUACUGUCACUUCCGCUAACGUAAAUGUGAAUAAUAAAUCUUUGGACCUUAAUAAUUUUGAUGCUUCUGUUAAUAAAGAAAACUUAAAAGAUAAUAAGCAUUUGUUGAGUUUGUUUGAUAUGACCGAAGACGAUGUUGACGAAAAUGAUUUGUCAGCGAUAGUUGACGAUAUUAUUUCUAGAGCUCCUACUGUCACUACCGCUAAAGUAAAUAGCAAUUUCGUCAAAUUGAUCUUUGAGAAAAAUCACUUACCGAGAAAGUCUAUCCUAACUCAAAGAUUUGAUGAAAACAAUUGCUCAACGCCCAAAAACAGUCCAGUGCGAAAAAGCAUUCACGAUACAAACGCUGGCAGACGGUCUUCUAUCCCUAAAGCAAAUACAAGCUAUUUCUUUGAUAAAUUUACUGACGAGUGCGAUGCUUUCGAGAUGUCUGUGGAAUAUAAACAGAAAAUUGCUUGUAUAAAUCUGGAUUCCGAUGCAACAUUGGAAUAUAGCUUACUUGAUGUUUGAUUGUAAUGUUUUAAAUAAUAAUAAUCAAGUUUGUGAUAUUUAAACAAUAAAUUAAUUUAUAUAA